ACGUGGUGUAUCCUGCAAGAGCGACAGUGCGUUAGCUAUCUCGCACACACACACACACACACAUACACACUGAGCUAGACUGAACCUCUGGACAGUAGUGCACUCAGACUACAAGGAAAAGCAGAGUUGGAAAGAGGACCCGAGAGGAGAGGAGAGGAGAGGAGAGGGAGAGCCACUGCUCUGAGAGACAGAGGGAGAGAGAGAGAAAAAACAAAAGAGAAGACUGGAGCAUGUGUUUCUCGACCAAGAACAUCUCCCCUUGGGAUCCCAACAUCUGCAUAAAGCAGGAGAAACAGCUGAAUCGAACCACAUGCAGCUAAAGGACCUUUCCCCAAGCUCCUCAGUUAGCAGCAUUAUCAGAUGAAGCAUAUUAUUUUUCCCACACGGGGAGGAUAAAAGACACUACUGUAGCACUUUUCUUGUAGAAUUAUUGUAAGAGCUAUAGCACUUUGGAGGCUGAAACAGAUGUCUUUCUUACUGUUUUACAUUUACCAGGGUUCUGCAUAGCUGGUGGGUGGCACAAGGACGGCACCUACAGCCAGUGCCAGUCUAUGGUGGCACCAGAGUGGGCAGAGCAGACAUGCAGCCCCUUGACAGGACCCACCCGGAGAGCCUGGUCUAUGCAGCCCUGCCCAGUCUACUGCUGGUACUGCUCGGUCUGCUAGAGGCGGCUAGCGGUUGUCCCACCUUGUGCAUCUGCAAAAGCAAUGGCACAGACUGUACAGGCCUAGCUCUGCUCUCCCUAACCACCGUCCUGCCCCUGCUGCCCCAGGACACCCGCACCCUCCGCCUGCCCCACAACAACCUCUCCUCCCUAGGCGACAGGGACCUGUCCAACCUCAGCGCUCUGGAGCUCCUGGACCUCUCCGACAACCACCUCUUCAGCCUGCAGCCAGGGGCAUUCUCUGGACUCAGUAGCCUCCAGUGGCUCAACCUCUCUGGUAACAAUCUGGGUGACUGCCCCCUUCCUACCUCUCUUGACCCCAGUAACCAGACGGAGGUGACACAGAGUAACAGGAGUUGCUGGGGGCUGAGCCGAGAGCUGUUCCAGGGUCUGUGGACACUGAAAGGGCUGGACUUGUCGCUGAACGGCCUGGUUGUUCUGCCCAUGGGCCUGCUGGACGAGCUCCAGGGCCUGGCCUGGCUGUCUCUGGCUGGAAACAAGCUGCAGAGCUUAGACAGAGCCACCUUCCAGCCCCUGGGCAGCCUGUUGAGCCUCCAACUGGCAGGGAACCCAUGGGAGUGUGACUGCAACCUGAGGGACUUCAAGCACUGGAUGGAGUGGAUGCUGUACAGACAUGGGCAGGUGGAUGCUGUGAAGUGCAACCUCCCCAAAGAGCUGAGGGGGCAGGACAUCCGCAGCAUCCCCAUAGAGAUGUUCAACUACUGCCUGCAGCUGGACAACCAGGACAGUGUCCCUGGCUACAACGGGCCCAGAGGAGGAAGCCCACCCUGCGUCGGUCGGAUUAACGGGCCCAUGAACGGGCCCCAGGUUAACCAAGAAGAAUGUGUGCGCCAGCGCUACCGGCCCGUUAGCGUGCGCAGGGCCUGGGGGACUCAGAUCGUGGCGGCGUGUGUGUGCGGCGUGGUGUGCGUGUUGAUGGUGGUGGCGGCCACCUACGGCUGUAUCUACGCCUCUCUCAUGGCCAAGUACCAGAGGGAGCUGAAGAACAGAGGGCAGCCGCUGAUGGCGGGGGAGGGAGGGGGGGAGACAGAUGCUGAGGACGGAGCCUGUAUGUCCUCCCCAACGUCACCAGAUGAGCCAGAGCUGAAGGAGUCCAGCCCGAUAGUCCACGGAUACAGAAUAACAGGCUUUUGACCAUUGUUUUUCUGACUGGAUGAAAUUCCUGUUAGAAGCGUUCAGUGGACUGAACUGCAUGUCGUACUCCUCUGUGCUAGGGCAUUCUAGGUGAGGGAAUGUACGGAGCUGAGAAAGAAUAUCCCUGCUGCAUAUUGCUGGUGGUGUCCUACAGACUCCUACAGGUGGAGUCCUACAGACAUGAUCAUACAGGCGAUCGUAUAGAGGAAAAACUGGAAUCCUGCUUUGCUUCAAGACGUGUGGAUGCUCUGUGGUUUGUUCUGCCCUGUGACUCUUUAGUCAGCUCUCCAACUGUGUGUUCAUGAUUCUGGCACCUCUGCACCUUGGUUAAAGAGACGUUCCUCGAAAUUGUCUUUGGAAUUGUUAUUAUUCUUUGAUCCCACCGUUGUCAAAGUUAUUUGUGUUUGAAGCAAAACAUGUCAACAGAUCAUAGAUUAAGUCAACAUGUUGAAUAUCCCUGUCCAAUAUCCCCGUGUUGUAACUGCGCCUAAUGUUUCGUUACAAUAAGCCCAGGUAAAAAAUACCAGUAGUGGUUGUCGCUCAAUUAGUUGGAUGAGAGAAAAACAAAAAAUAGUUGAUAUGAAUGUACUGAGAAAUUAAUGUUAAAGCAGUCUUUCUUGUGUAUUAGACCUGUGCUCAUGUGUAGUUGCUUAAUUUAAUAUUCCAAAUCAUAUCUAUGCAGAGGUAGCCUGCUUUCAAUGUUCCAAAGCCAUUACAAUACAACAGCACGCUACUGACCUCUAGAGGAUGUUAUGAUAACAGCAGCUGAAGAGAAUCAGCUCCAUGGAUAGCAGCCAUAUUCAUUACACACUGAAUCUAGUUGUCAGCUAUUUCCAUUGAACCAUUUAGAACUGUCAAAGAGAUCAUCAACACUGCCCUAAAACAUGUGUGUAUAUAUAUAUAACUAUCUCCUUAUUUAGUUAACCCUUAUUUUUGUCUCUAUGUUAAAAGCUGAAAUCUGCGUAAGGUAAAACAGCGCCACUGGUCGCCCCCCCCCAGGUGUUAUUGUUAUUGUUUUGUUCAGGAAAUGGAGUAGAGGAGCAUCCAGCAUCAUGGUAAAAUAAAAUGGUAAUACGUACUCUACUGUUCUAUCGCAUGUGCAAUGAUGUCUGAGGGGGGGGGGGAACAGUGUGGUUGUUUGAAGUAACGUUUUUGUUUUGGAAGUAGCAGUUUCACCGCUACGAAUUCCAGCUUUAAGGGCCACAGCUUUAAGGGCCACACACACCCUAUGCAAAAAGAGCAAUGGCGCGUCGUAUACAGUCCCUUCCAAAAUUUGAGCCACACAAAAGAACAUAGAACUACGUAGAAAACAACGCUCCAUCGCUGGGUUGGCAUAGUUUACGUAAAGUGUGUAGGGGCCUUUAAGCACAUUCAGUAUCUGCUCUUCAGGUUUGCUCCAGAAGACGAAGUGAGAAAUGUGAUAUUCUGUUCAUCACGCCGAUGAAAAUAAAGCAUUUAUUUAUCUAU